AUCUGGCAACCCGGUGAGGGUGUGGAAAGCAGCUGUCGAUGGAGCCUCACUUUUCACGGUACACGUUUGCUGUUGUUCGCGGUAAAAGGGGGCGGUGAAGAGGCCGACCGAACCCCCGUUUUGUUGUUGUUUUUUCUUUUUUUCUAUAUAUAUUUUUUACACAUCCUUCUUCAAGAACCGGCUUUUUCUUUUCUUUUCUUUUUUUUCUUCUAAUCAUGGCUGGUGUCUCAGCCUGGUUUUGGAGUGAGGAUUUCUGGCUUCCUCACAACGUGAGCUGGGCGGAUCUGGCGAAUCCCGCGCCUGGGGUAGAGUACCCAAAAGCCGGACACUUAUUCAAUGCUUUCCCGCUGGCCCUGGGCAUAUUCGCAUUUAGGAUAUUUUUUGAAAGGUUCAUCGCAGGUCCUUGUGCGCACAUCCUCCACAUCCAGGCCGAGGGGAGCCGGCGAGCCCAGCCAAAUGGAGUCCUGGAGAAAGUGUUUACAUCUAUCACAAAGAGUCCAGAUGCACGUCAGAUAGAGGGUUUGUCUAAGCAGCUGGACUGGGAGGUGAGGAAAAUCCAGCGAUGGUUUCGUCUUCGGAGGAAUCAAGACAAACCAAGCACAAGAACCAAGUUUUGUGAGAGCAUGUGGAGGUUUACAUUUUAUCUGGGUAUAUUUACCUAUGGGUUCUGCUUUCUGUGGCAGUCGUCCUGGAUGUGGGACACACGACAGUGCUGGUACAACUACCCCUAUCAGGCCCUCAGUACAGGCUUGUAUCACUACUAUGUGACGGAGCUGGCCUUCUACUGGUCUCUCAUGUUCUCCCAGUUUACAGACAUUAAAAGAAAGGACUUCCUCAUCAUGUUUGUGCAUCACCUGGCCACCGUGAGCCUGAUCAGCUUCUCAUAUGUGAACAACAUGGCACGCGUGGGCAGCCUGGUCAUGUGCGUGCACGACACCUCCGACUUCCUCUUGGAGGCUGCCAAGUUAGCCAAUUAUGCCAAAUACCAGCGCCUGUGCGACUUCCUGUUUGUGGUUUUUGGUGCAGCAUUUAUUGGGACAAGGCUCAUCAUUUACCCUUUAUGGAUCCUAAACAGUACAAUGUUUGAGAGCUGGGAGAUCAUCGGGCCAUACCCCUCGUGGUGGGUCUUCAACAGUUUGCUGCUGGUGCUGCAGGUGCUGCACAUCAUCUGGUCCUACCUCAUAUUACGCAUCGCCUUCAAAGCCCUCAUGAGAGGAAAGGUAUCCAAAGACGUACGUAGUGAUAUCGAAAGCAGCUCAGAGGAAGAGACUGAAAAGACUCCCACCCGCACAGCUUCAGCCAAACGGGAAAACGGCACCAACGGCCAUUUCGGCUCGCAGCCUUGGACCCGGAGAGACGAGAGCUGGUGACACAGCGCAAUUCACAAGCCAUUAACAACGAACUGUUAUUACUGUAGCAUCUUAAUUCCACUCCUCCAUCAGAUACAGUUUGGUCAGGAAAAAUAGAAUGAAGCACUUAUUAUAUUACACAUUCCCUGGUUUGUUUUUGUUUGUUUGUUUUUUUUACACUAAGGUGACAUUUGUGGUAAAUGUUGACCAUGAUGAUGAAGUGCUGAAUCAUGUUUGCUGUAUGGACAUUGAUGCUUCAGGUGUGAAAGAAAAAAAAACAAAAAAACGGAGACAAGACAGCAGUGAGAUUUAAGGUUUCAUCUCUUCGUUUGCAUCAUCUUGUUUCAGAAGUGGAUGUUUUUUUUUUUACUUCACAUUCUUCUUGAAAUCUUCAUGUUUUACUGAAGUCAGGGAGAAAGCCUGUUGACUUUUAUUCUUUCUCCAUGUCUGACAUUCAUUCAUUUAUUUCCCUUUUUGUUUUUCGUUUUUUUUUUUUUUUUUUACUUGUGUGUUGUGAUGCCGCCUGUCCUGUUUUUCAUGACACUUGAUUAUUAUUUUUUUUUUAUCUAGAGAGCAAAUAAGUUUAUUAAAAUAUGACCUGAUCGCUUCACACUGAGAGCUGAUUUGGUACUCCGUGAUGUCACAUGAAAAAAAUAAUUUCUAUUACAGUUUACAGUUAUCAGUGUAAUAAAUGCUAGCUAGGUGUGCCUAAUAAAUCGUCCUCUCAGUGCAAGAAACAACACAAGCAGGAGUCGGUCAGCUUAAUCAUGUUUGGUUCUAUUUUCAUCAGGACUGACGCUUGGAUUGUUCGAGCUACUCCUCACUGCAGAACUAAAAGUCCAGGGGGCGGAGCUUAACCAGAUCCGACGCCUCCUAAACUUUAAUCCCUUAUGAGAUGCCGUACAUCACUGCCCCAGCCUCGUUUGGUUCUGCAGCCAGGACAGCUGGAUUUGUAUGUGCAUUUAGUACAUCCCAUUUCACAAUUGGUUCCUAUUUGCAUUUUAAUAACCUCCACUUUUCUGAAGGUGGUUGCUGUGGAGAAGUUUGUGUAGGAUAAGGAGACCUGGGGUGCACUCAGCGUUCCAGUUCAUCCGAAAACUCUCUAUAGCGUUUAUAGGCCACUCCAGAUCUUGCAAUCCAACCUAUAUCUUCAUGUGAGUCGCAUUGUGAAUCAGGUUUGGGUCUCCUAGUUCAAGUGAAGGGAAAAUGUAAUGGUACUGCAUUCAGAUUGUGUGCUUCCAACACAACAGUUUGAGGAAGAGCCUCAUAUGACUGGAAAAGUCAGGUGUCCCAAUACUUUUAUUUAUAUAGUAUAGAUCAGUAAUGUCACCCCAGUUUGCUUUGGUAACUACUGUAUAAACCAGUACUUGGUACAUAGGCAGGUAUCUGGUAUCACUGCACUCCAUAGCCCCUAGAGUUGACUGUAUUAUACUAAAGGUUAUGGUGUAUUUUUGUUUUUUUAUAAAAGCUAAUUUAAACAAAAUCCUCGCAGUCCUCGUUCACUCCAGUACAAAUGUAAUGAAGCAGACGUUCGGACUCCAAACAUGUCUCAGUUGAUCAACUCCAUUUCCCACUGACUAAGAAUAUGACAUUAAUGUAUGCUAAAUUUUAAAUCUAAAUACAUGCUUCAUAUUUUUGUAUUUUACAAUUUAAGUUAAUUAUUUCAGUGUAAAAUCCAUAAAUAAAUUCAGUGCUGCAGGUUUCAGGCAAACACAAUAAUAAAAUGCACUUGAUGUUGCAUGUCGAUAGAUUGGAUGAUAGACGUGUAUUUGCCCUCAUGUGUGAUUUUGUAUGAAAGAUGUCAUUUAACCAACAAUUCAAUAUUCAAGCUGUGUCUGUGAUACACCUUGAACUUGCACAACUAUACAAGGAUUAAAACAGAUUAGUUGAAA